CUGGGUCGAGUACCGGUGUCGACACGCGGACACGGGGAUCCCGACACGGCGAUACGGCUGGAUACGUUUUGGAUCGGGUCUGGGUCAGACCCGAUCCAAACUACUUGUAUAACUGAUUUUUUAACCCGCGUUUUGUUUUACGCACUAACAUCUACCCUCGACGCUCGACCUUCGUUUACCCUCCACGGCUAACGCAGCAGGCUGGCAGCACAGUAAGCCAAUGGCGGGCGACGGCGAGCUCCGGCGAUCGACGGCGACUUCCGGUGGCGUCCGGCGGCAGCCAGCGACAGGCAGUAUGGCGAGCAAAGGAAAAACAGUGUCUCAGUCUCAAGACUCUCAACCUACAAGUUGUGGUUCUGGAUCAGCUACACCUCAGCCACCAUUAUGGUCAUACGUGAAUCUAAUGGGGAAACCUCCUGGAGGCGGUGGAAAUGCUUUUUUUAGGUGUAAUUUUUGUGAAGGACAGUUCAAUGGAUCAUAUACAAGAGUGAAAGCACAUCUAUUAAAAAUCAGUCAAAAAGGAAUUCAACCAUGUAAGAAAAUCACUAACGAGACUUUGGCUCAGUUGAAGAAAGAACAAAAAGCCUUUGAGAAUAAGAAAAGCACAUCAUCUGGAUCUGGUUUCAUUGACAUUGCUUCAAUUUUACAUGAUGAUAUUCAGAAUCCUACCAAAAAAAGAAAAGUUGUUGAUGUUCAUCAGAAAUCAAUUAAGGAUUCAUUUAGUUUACAAGGACGGCGAGAAUUAGAUCUAAAAGUGGCGACAUUUUUCUAUGCUAAUUGCAUACCAUUUAAUGUAGCUAGAAGUCCAUAUUGGAGAGACUUAGUUACAUCUAUUGCAAAUUCUAACUUGACUGGGUAUGUUCCCCCUAGUUCUGAAAGGCUUCGCACUGUACUACUAGAACAACAGAUGACUCGAGUGAACAAAUUGUUAGAGUCUCAAAAGUUCACUUGGGAUCAACACGGAGUUUCUAUUGUUUCUGAUGGCUGGACAGAUUUGCAACGACGCCCUCUUAUUAAUUUCAUUGCAACUUCAGCAAAUGGACCAAUUUUCUUGAAAGCAAUAGAUGCAUCUGGUGAAUACAAAAGUGCUGAGUAUCUGAAAGGAUUGUUUAUGGAAAUAAUUGAAGAAGUGGGGAAAGAAAACGUUGUUCAGCUAAUUACAGACAAUGCACCUGUAUGUAGAGCAGCUGGUAUUGCGAUAGAAAAGGAGUACCCUCAUAUCUUUUGGACUUCUUGUGCAGUUCAUAGUUUAAAUUUGGCUCUAAAGAGUAUAUGCAAUCCACCAAGUAAAGAGCAAGAUCCUCAUGCUUAUGAAUUAUGUUCGUGGAUUGAAGACUUGGAAAAGGAUGUGAGGAACAUCAGAAAUUUCAUAGUAAAUCAUCAACAUGCACUUUCCAUUUAUAACAAGCAUUCUGAUCUAAAAUUAUUAAGAGUUGCAGAGACACGUUUUGCAUCUCUAAUUGUUAUGGUCAAAAGGAUAAAAAGGGUGAAAAGUGCAUUGAUCAGUAUGGUGACUGAUGAUGAUUGGAGUUUCUACCGUGCUGAUGAUGAUGACAAAGCUCAAGCAAUCAAAGGAAUGAUUCUUGAAGACAAGUGGUGGGAUCAAAUCUUUUAUUUUCUUGCAUUCACAGAGCCGAUCUGGGAGAUGUUGAGAGUUCUUGAUUGUGAUAAUUCAACGUUGCACUGUGUGUAUGAGAUGUGGGACACUAUGAUUGAAAAAAUCCAAGAGGUUAUUUUUAAGCAUGAAAAAAAAAGUAUUGCACUUGAAGAUUCAGCAUUUUUUGAUCAUGUGCAUAGAAUAUUGAUUGCAAGAUGGGAUAAAAGUAGCAAUCCUCUUCAAUGCAUGGCACAUACAUUAAAUCCUAAAUAUUAUGGAAAAAAGUGGCUUACAGGGGGUGUUGGAAGAACCCCACCACAUCUGGAUCUAGAAUUAUCAACAAACAGAGUAGCAUGUAUUAAUAGGAUUUUCAUUGAUGUACAUCAAAAUCGCCGAGCUAAUGAUGAGUUUGAAAGGUUUUCUACUGGAAUUGGAGAAGAUGUAGGUGCAACUGUAGACAAAGAUAAUUAUCCAUCUUUAUCUUGGUGGAUUAAACAUGGAACUGCUUAUCCUACUCUUCAAUACCUUGCUUUCAGAUUGCUAGUUCAACCUGCUACAUCUUCAUGCAGUGAGAGAAAUUGGAGUACAUAUUCACAAAUCCACACUAUAAAACGAAAUAAUCUCACAAGCAAACGUGCAGAAAAUCUGGUUUAUGUGCAUUCUAACCUUCGGCUUCUAUCACGGAACAAAGAAGAAUAUAGGGAAGGAGAAACUAAAUAUUGGGACGUGAAUGUUGACGACUUUAACUUAGAACAAGAGAAUGAACUUGAAGUUGUUAAUUCAAGAUUCGAAGAACCUUGUAUUCCCUCAACAUCUUCUAUUGUGGAAGAAGAGGAGAUUGGGGAGAACGAUGAUUUGGGCAUUGAUGAUGACUAGAAUGAUGAUGAACAAUGUUUUGUGAUGAUUGAUGAAUAAUGUUUUGUAACUUUCUUUGAGACUUUCUUCCUUAUGUCUUAGUAGUUAUCACUUUUGAGAUUGGUGAUGAACAAUGUUUUGUUUGAGACU